GUGUGUGCCCAAUGGCCUUAGUGUUUCGUGAGGAGCGCUGCUGUCUAGGCGCACAGAUCUAUUUUAGAACGGAAUAAAUGAUUAGUGAUUGGAAAAAGUGAUUUGGGAGUACAAUAUACAUAUUUGUGAAUUAUUGCGAAAUGGCUACACUGGAGCAAACGCGAAAUCCUUUUUUGAAUGACAGUGAUCCGAAGCAUAGCGGGUUUGAGUCAUCCGACACUGACGAGACGGAAAACGAAAUUCCGUAUCACGCACGGGAGCAUGCCAGACCUUUUACGUAUGGCAAACUACCCAAAGGUUUCAAAAAGAGCGAUUUGAAUCACGUGCCCUUGGAGGAUAUUCCGGAUGCUCUGCCAACCAAUGCGACAGUGACUAGACCACCGCCACCAGCUUUGCCACUUAGCCCUUCAACGCUAAGAAGAAAUACACGACCAAGUGUUUCGCCUUCCAGACCAGUUAUAAGAAAGACACCAUCUCGAGAGGAGUUCGAGCAAAUGCUAAGGGAACGGCAAGAGCAGUCCUUAAGGGAACAAAAUAUUGCGUUAAAGGAAGCUCAGAAUGCGUCCAUACAAAAGGACCUGGAUGCGUUGCAGGAGAAACUGAAUAAACGAGCAUUGCUAUUGAGGUCGGAAGAGGAGACACUGAAACAAGAGCCCAGUGAGAAUCUCUGCAGGGAAGUGGUGAAACUUGUGGAAACAAUAGAUUUGCCUGACGAAAAAUUCCAUGACGGUAAAGAGAAUUUUCCGUCGAACGCUAUUGUUGAGGCGCCGAGCAAAUACGAAUCUGCUCUCAUAGUAUCGGAAGUCAUGAGACCCGAUACGCCCUCAUUUCCGGUUGCAUCGAAAGCACUUUUAGAGGAGCGCUGCGUCAGUCCAUAUCAACUGACAAUUCCGACAUCGCCCAAACUUCAGCGAAAUAACUCUCUGACACACAAGCACAAGGAGAGAAAACUUUCUCCAUUGAAAAUUCCUGACUUGUCCUCAAUCGUCGCAGCCAAGCCGAGAGAACAUGUACCAAUCGAUAUUCCACAUGAUGUAGCUCCUCAUCUCGUUAAAUUCGCUAGAGAUUCUUCGCAAUUUUGGUAUAAGCCCCAUAUGACUCGCGAAGAGGCGGUGGCUAUUCUAAGGAAUGCUGAGCCAGGCACCUUCAUUAUUCGCAAUUCCACCACGUAUAAGGGUGCCUUCGGGCUGGUGCUGCGUGUUGCUACGCUGCCCCAUGGUGUUCCCGUGCCCGAAAAUACUGCGAAUGGCAAUGAUGUCCUUGUUCGCCAUUUUUUACUGGAGCCCACAACAAGAGGUGUUCGUCUUAAGGGAUGUGUAAACGAGCCCACUUUCACAUCACUCUCAGCCCUGGUCUACCAACACUCCAUCAAUCAAAUGGCAUUGCCCUGCCGCCUAAGUAUUCCAAACAGCGAUCUAAUGCUUUCCGAAGAAGAUGUUGAAAUCAUUCAUAGGCAAAGGCAACUACUGGAGCAAGGGGCCGCCUGUAACGUUUUAUAUUUAUUCAGUAUGAAUAUGGAGUCGUUGACUGGCGACGAGGCCAUUCGACGAGCCGUACACGAAAUGUUCUUGCAGCCCGCAAUGGGGGCCCCUGUGGAGGUGCACUUUAAAGUGUCUCAGAAUGGAAUCACACUGACCGACAAUAAGAGGCGUGCUUUCUUUCGCCGCCACUACACGCCCAACAACAUAUCACACAUUGGAUUGGAUCCGGACAAUAGAUUUUGGAGUGUAUUGGCGAACGACGAAGGGCUGGGUCGAGCAGUCAACAAAACCCUAUUUGCAUUUGUGGCUCGAGCUGCUGCAGGUAGCCGAGAUAAUCAGUGCCACAUAUUUUGCGAUUUGAUUGUAACGCAACCUGCAUCGGCGAUCGUGUCAUUCGCCCAGAAAAUUUUGCAUUUAAAUAAAAACGCCGAACUACUCUAGGCGCGUUAUACUUUAGUCAUACAUUAGGAAAGGUCGGUUUGAAAGUAAAAUAGAAAUGCUUUUGUAAUUCUCUGAAAUAAACAAGUGGUGACUACA